AGUGGCUUAUAAAAUAUAUAUAUUGAAUAUGAUUAUAAAAGGGAAAAUCGGUAUUGAACUUUUGAAUGUUUUUAUCUUAUUUUUAACCCGUAAUAUGUGUUUGUGCUAUUAUUCGCUUAUGCAAGGCUUGUGGAUGGGCAUCUGUCUAGCUUCGAUAUCUGUGUCUAGUCGACGAUGUUUUUAAGUUCCUAUCAGAACCCAAAAAUUUGUUGGCGGUCAUCUUGCCCUGCUGGAUUCUUUGAGAGAGAGCAGAAGUAAAUUGCUACCAAUUUUCUGGAUUGUUCGAGGUAUUACUACCGCAAUCUGAGAUUAGCAGUGAGACUUGGACAACCCAACAACCCAUCAUCAAGCCCAUCAGCUAUUUUUAAGGUUAGACAGCUAUCCAACUUGUCAGUUGCUGUGUCGUUUCUGAUGUUACUAAUUUUUUUUUUUAAAGUUUCGAGAUAAGUCCCAUGGCUGGCCUGCGCGUGCAAACUAAACAGCUCGAGUGGCCGAGAGGCCCCGAAGCCAACGACGGCAGAUCUACGAACGGGUUUCAUCCAAAAACCGACUGCCCAGCAUUUCCAAAGUUUAUUACACACCAGCACAAUGUGUCAACCGACAGGGGCUGAGGCAAAGCUGGCGUCAUCGUAGUGCUGGCCAGUGGUGGUUUGCUUAUCGCAAGGCAUGCUCACGUGGUACAUUUUUGCAGUGGAGCGGGAGCACUAAUGCGGCGCUGGCGGCGGGGCGAUUUGCGGCAGCAGGGCAAGUAGUGUAGCGGCAUCGUUGCAGGCGGCAAGGGCGAGCAAGGCGCUGAAAGAUAGAAGCGGGCCCCGCUGAAACAGGAAAACACGAAAUGUCCAGGUGACCUGGGAGUGGGUUGCAUUGCGCAGUAUAGUAGAGUUUACAGCGGACGGUAGGCGGUUAGGUUGAGCGCCAUGGGGGGCAUGUGAGGUGCUGUAAGUUGCGCUGGAUUGCGGCCAGAGGAGGCUAUGAUGCACUUGUCAUUUUUCCUUAUCUUUCUUUGGCCGCCUUGUUCGCGUCGGUAUGACUCUCGAGUGUUUUCCUUCAAGUUGCACGCCCUGGUGAUUUCUUUUUCUUGUUUUCUUCCUCGCUUCAGCACUGCUUCUCUUUUUUAUUCAUCUUUUUUCCCGCCUUGUCUGCACACGCUUCGCCCGCCAGCACAUCCCUCCGCCUACAAACGCUGCUUGUCCAGCGAACACGCUACCCGCUAAGCCGCCGUGCCCUCGGCUUGUUCACCAACUCUCGCAGUAGUCGCCCGAGCUGUCACGGCCAGUUUUCACAAACUCCCACGUCUAUACAAACGAACUCGGCUUCAGUUUCAUGACACUGCGAUGAAUAUACACCCUUCCGCCUUUUAGGCGCCUUCCCCUUUCGUCUGCCCAAUUUCUUUACCAGAGUCGCAGAGAGCGCCGUCUACAACCUACAUCAUGACUACUAACGGUAAUCAUCACCCACCGAGCCGGCCGAUGGCGUGGAAUCCAGCCGCCCUUCUACAGCCUACAUCCAACAACCGUAGUAACGGUUCCCGAACAAGUUCAGGCAUGCAAACGCCACCCGUCAGCCGCGAUAGAUCGGAUUCUGAUUUGAACGGCUCGGUGGUAUUUCAGUUUGCUAGUACAAAUGAUAGCGCAUCAGACGCUAUUCCGAGUGGAGCUUCAACACCUGGCAGUAUUCAUAUGACAUCUGUCAAUGGUGUUGGCAGCUUUGUUGAAAGAAUGAAUAACGUGCAACAUCGAGACAGUAUCCCGCAAGCCAAGCGUCGCAAGGUUGACGAGGAAAUGCAAGAAGUUGGAGCUAACAGCGCCCAACAAGCUGUUCGCAGUGGAAGUUCAAUGCUAGGAGGUUAUAUCAAGGAACAACAAAGACAGGGAUCAAGCACGCCCACGUCGGAUACCAUGAUGGUUGACUUGACAAACGGUACCGAAGACGAGGACGCCGAUGUCCGCGAAAUCGAAGACCCUCGAGAAGAAGAAGUUUGCUAUGGUAUGCUUAAGAGCCGCCUAAACUGCACAAAAGUGCCGUCACCAAAGCCUGGCAUGCAGAGUCUUAUGGGCCCAGGCUAUGUUCCCGGCAUCAAAAUUAACCUCAAGCGUCUGGCCGGCGAUAACUCGUUGAAGAUCCCAGCCUCGGACCACACUCGCGAUAUUAUCGGCUAUGUCGAGUCUAAAACUGCAGCCGCUAUGUGUCCUUUGCUGGAUGCCAAUAUUCGACUGCGAACCGAAUGUCGAAUACCUACACACCCCAAAACAGCUGGCCAGGAGCCCGGUCAGCCGGUGUCCCGCGCUCAUCAUCUUGAUAUCAUUCUAUACGGACCGCUCAAAUACGUCAGAAGUGUUGGUGGCCAUUUGAAGAAAUCUAAGCUAUUGCUUGUGGCGCCAUACAUUGUCCAAAAAGGAAUCAAGGUUCACAACCCUCAUGUGGUAGAAUAUAAGCCAGCAACAGUGACCAGGACAUCGACACCAACAAACGGCCACUCAACGAAUUAUUCCACUAUUGCAACACGAACAGUUGAAGAGGUUCGAUCUGAAGUCAUGGGCGUGUUCGACUCUCUCACGAGAAGUGAAGAUUUGCCUGAGCUAACACCGCCGCCUACUAUUACAACGCCUCUACUCAAACAUCAGAAACAGGGAUUAUAUUUUAUGAUGUCGAGAGAACUUAGCCGGGCAGAAAGUAUCAACAGCACCGGUAUGGUGUCUUUCUGGCAACAAAAAGUGGAUGGUCUCGGCCAAAAGAAGUAUGUCAACGUCAUUACAGGACACACACAAGCCCAGCCUCCACAGGAAACCAGAGGAGGCAUCUUGGCAGAUAUGAUGGGUCUGGGAAAGACACUGUCUAUACUCUCUCUUGUCAUGAGUACCUUAGAUGCGGCGCGCGAGUUCCAGCAUCAAGCACCACUGCAGGUUUCCAAUGACAGUGCAGCCUCUAACAAGAAUAGCGUAUUCCCCACCCACACAGCAUUUGGCCUGACGGCAGCGACACGAAAUGCGAAGACAACACUCCUCGUAUGCCCAGUUAGCACCAUUACCAACUGGGAAGAGCAAAUCAAGCAACACGUUAAAGACGGAAGCCUAUCCUUCCACAUUUACCAUGGACCUAACAGAAUAAAAGAUCCAGAGGUUCUUGCGUCUUACGACCUCGUAAUUACGACGUACGGCUCAGUCUCUAAUGAGCUGACUGCGCGAAGAAAGGGCAAAGAGGGCCUCUAUCCCUUAGAAGAAAUUGGCUGGUUUCGCAUUGUUCUAGACGAGGCACACACUAUUCGUGAGCAAACCACGCUUAUGUUCAAGUCGAUAUGCCGCCUCUCGGCUCACCGAAAGUGGGCAGUAACUGGAACACCAGUCCAGAACCGAUUGGAUGACUUGGCUGCUCUACUCGCUUUUCUGCGCCUUGAACCCUUCCAUGAUCGCUCCAAGUUUAACCGCUUUGUCAUCGAGCCAUUCAAGGCUUGUGACCCGGAGAUUGUACCCAAGAUGCGAGUGCUUGUUGAUACCAUUACUCUGCGUAGGCUGAAGGAUAAGAUCGAUCUACCUCCCAGAGAAGAUGUUGUUAUUAAGCUUGACUUUAGCCCUGAUGAACGUCAAGUUUAUGACAUGUUUGCUCGCAAUGCGCAAGACCGUGUAUUGGUGUUGUCUAACUCUGGCCAAGGAAAGGUUCUUGGUGGCAACAGCUACAUUCACAUAUUAAAGGCAAUUCUAAGGUUGCGAUUGCUCUGCGCACAUGGUAAAGAUUUAUUGAACGAGAACGACCUGUCUGCGUUGCAAGGCAUGUCAGCAGAAAUGGCUAUUUCAAUUGACGACGACGAUGAGGAUAGCGGCCCCUCGCUUUCGCAGCAAAAAGCACACGAAAUGUUUCGCUUGAUGCAAGACACAAACAAUGACGCCUGUAUCGAGUGUAGCAGGAAGCUGGGCUCCAACGACGAUACAGAAUCUGAGAUGAACGAAGAUACUCUUGGAUACAUGACAGCAUGUUACCAUGUUGUCUGCCAUUCGUGUAUUAAGGCAUACAAGGCCAGAGCGCAGUCCAUGCUUAUACCUGGUCAGCUCUCUGGACCCUGCCACGUCUGUUCGGCGCACGUUAGACUGGAGUUUAUUGCCCUCCGCCGAUCAGAGGCAGAAGCUGAACCCGAAGUCUCUACCAAACGCAAAUCCCGUGCGAAGACGUUUGAUCGAUAUGAAGGCCCUCAUACCAAGACAAAGGCUCUGCUUGCAGAGUUGCUCAAAUCCGAAGACAAGACACGAGAAAAUCCCAUCGAAAAGCCGUACAAAUCGGUUGUCUUUUCAGGAUGGACUUCUCAUUUAGAUCUGAUCGAGUUGGCCCUCAAGAGUGUGAAUAUCAAAUUUGUACGUCUCGAUGGUACUAUGCUUCGCCCAGCACGAACCGCAGCAAUGGAUUCAUUCAGGGAAGAUGACAGCGUACAUGUGAUACUGGUGUCUAUUACCGCAGGAGGUCUUGGUCUUAACCUAACCUCUGGAAAUAGCGUGUACGUCAUGGAGCCGCAGUUUAACCCUGCGGCUGAAGCCCAGGCUGUUGACCGUGUGCAUCGACUCGGACAGAAGCGCCCAGUGCGCACAGUCAGAUACAUUAUGCGCGACAGCUUUGAAGAAAAGAUGGUUGAAUUGCAGCAGAAGAAGAUGAUGCUUGCCAGCCUCAGUAUUGACGGACAGAAGAGGCUGGAUAAGGAUGAAGCCGCAAGGCAGAAGCUUCUGGACAUUCGAAGUUUAUUCAAGUAACGACACCAACGACAUCAUGAUACCCCCACUACCAUGCUCCUCAUGGCUACAUUUGCUCUUUUUUCUUUCAGCACAAGUUUCUCUUGAUACGGCCUUCUUUCAAACCAUCAGUUCUUAGACUGCAUCCUUUCUUUACGAUCUAACUACGGGGGAUUUUGGCGGGCGAUUUGUCUUCUCUUUAUUGCUUUAUGGGGAAUUGCCCGAUGAUUUGGAAGUGGUGUUCAACGAGCAGUGAUUGGUAGAGCUUUGACAACGACUUACUUUCUGUUACUUUGUAUAUCGGGUAUUUAGCAGGCGAUUAUGACACAAAAUGGGGUUGGCUUGUGGAUGCACAAUUCAUUUUUCAUACUAUCUUUAAAGUACUCCUCUCAUGCGUAUAGAAGCAAAUUUCCACAGAUAAUGGUGAUAUAAUAGAUAUUACCAAAGAAAAGUUGCACAAAAAUGAAAUGCAAAAACUCCAUUCUCUGCGUUUUAUAUAUGAUUUGUUGGAACGUCAUUUACUCUGAAUACAUGGAUAUCUCAUGGCUCAUUAUUCUUCAUGGCGAUCUAGCCUCGACACCGUUUUCUUUUUGUCAUUUAGCUAGCCAUUGCGGCUGCCACAACAGAAGCCUCAUCAUCAGCUCUUAGAUCAGCAUACUCUGUACCCUGGUUUGCAGUACUGAGUCUUGCACACAGGCUGAGCAAGACGACUGUUUCGGUAGCAGCGUAGUGGUUCAAGGCGUCCAAUAGAAUCUGCAGGUGUCUGCUGAAAUUCGUCUCCCAUUUGCGGAUAAUCUCAGACAAAUGGGCAAUGCGGGCCUCGGCAUCAUUCUGCAUGGAGGCAUCGGGGUUGGAUGCAGAGCGUGACGAAGUUGACUUUGUUGCAAUGAAGUACUUCCACUGAUCUUCGGUGACUAUUGGCGGCUUAUUGUUUGCCGAAAUAUCAGGGUCGGCCUUUUCUAGUUCCUUGGUGAGCCAGUUUGUGUACUCGGCGAAGAUGGUGCAGGUUUGCAUUAGUUUAGAGUGUAUCUAUAUGGAGGGUUAGCAUCAGAAUAAACUUGCAUCACAACAUUAAUACGAAACACGUACUUUGAGGAGUUUGCUGUUUGUAAGCAUACAUUCCUUCAGACAUGUGUCUAGGAAAUCAACAUGGUCUUGCAUAAGCUCGUCAACAGUUCGAGCUACUCCUGGAGUGUUCUGAUGCUGAGUUUCGGCUGUAUUUAGCCUCGACAUGAACUUGGCCCAGUUUGGUUCGAUAACCUCCGCAGUGCAAAAAUAUAAGAGUUGCUGGACAAAUAUAAGCAUCCUAGCUCGAAGUGUCCAAGCACGUCUUUUCCAAAUUUCCAAAUCAGAGUUGGCGCUGCGGAUGGACCAGCUUAAGCCACGGGUUUGAGUCUGCCAUGUUGUCGACAGCUGUGACUCGAGAUACCGAAGCGAUAGCAAGUAUCGAAACAAAGCUUGGUAUCGCCAGAUAGUUUUGCGGCUGAUGACCAAUGAUACUGGAAAUGGUACUGUAUAAUCGAGCUGGAGCGAGCUGAAUCCCUUGGCAUUUUUAUCGCUGUCUGUUGGUUGAUUCGGAAGAGGCUGAAGAGCCUCACCCUGCUCAAUGCCUGUGAUAUUAACAACCCGUUGAAGGGACUUUGUUAAAGUAAUUUCGUUCAUUUCAACCUUGACAUCUUCCUUGAACGGGUCAAGAGCAACGAUGCUGCCUGGCUGGCGGAGGACAAGAUCUAGCAACGACUGAAGUUUGCUUGUGUUAACUUUCUCCACAGGCUUGCGCAGUUCCGACGCUCCCAGCUCCAUAAAGUAGGAAAAGUAGUCAGAGGGAUGAAGGAAAAAGUAGUGCUUCAGCGAUUGGAGACGGGCAGGGAGUGCAUGUGACGUCAGAAGAAGCUGCAUGAGGGACUGGUUAGCUUUGGCGUAGGCGUUGUUGAUGUUCUCCAGGAAGCGACUGUCCUCAAAAGAAAGAGGCACAUCGGUUACGCUCUUGCUGACAUCGACGCCUCCACAUUCUCUGACUACAUUCAGGUACUUUCCUGCAAGUAGAACCUUCUCCUUGACUCCCUCAAGCUGUGGCGGAACAUCGUGAUCGCGGACGGUGUAGCGGCGCUCCCAAUACUCAUCCGUAUAGUCCUGCUCGAGGCGUUCACGCCUGAUACUCUUUUGUUCUUUAAUAAUAAACUCCGCAUGUGGAUCGUAGAUGGAACCAUAGUGCAGCCAUUCGUUUAACAUGACCAUAUAUGGGCGACUGGCAUCGCGCAAAAGGGAGGUUAGAAGAGCGCGAGCAGCAGGAUCGCCAGCCAUCGAUUCUAGGCGCUUGGUAACGAGGCCAAGCACAACGCCACCCUUGCAAAUCUUCUUGCCGGUCAUGUUUCCUGGCAUGAAUUCUCCGCCAUCUCUAAGGCGUUCUAUGAUUAGAUCGUCGUCCUCUUCGCUAUCGUCUUCCUCACUCUCGUCAUCCAAGAGAGCGUUCUUCUUGAGUAGUUCUUGUGCUAGAGAGUAGAGUUGAAAUAGCAUUUGACUCGUAGAUAAUGUGUGGAUAUUGAGCACGUGGACGGUGAAUGUGUCGUUUGUCAGGAACUGGGUUUCCAACUGAGCAACCAUGACAAGAUAAUCCUGUAGAAGCUUUCGAAUUGACGCACACAGGGCAUGAUUGACAGCACCAAACUCAUUACGACUCUGGACGUCAACGAAAGCUUCCAGUGCUGAGUAGUAGGUAGCCAUUUUCAGCAUUCCUUUUGUAAGAUCGUGUAAGCUUGGAUCGAGGCCAGGCAGAAUACUAAAGUCUGGGCCGGAGAGGCGGUCACGUUCCUCUAAAGGGUUAUAUCCUUUUGCGAAGCGAAUGUAUUGGCCUUCAUAUCCCAUAAAAGCGAAAAGAAGGUCUUCGACGAUGGCUGCUUCCUGCGCCUCGAGCGACAUUUCGUUUAGAGGCGGGGGCUGAGGGGCCUGCGGGACCGUAUAAGCUGCUGGCGGUAGAGAUACUCUGGAAGCAAGCGGUGCUGUCGUUCGUGGCAAAAGGGUGACUGCCGGAUUCCAAGGCACAUGCGAGUUU